UAGAAGUGGUAUAGCGCCCUCUAUGAAUGCUACGAAGACAAACCACUGAAGUGCAGUGAAGGCCAAGUUUCCAACAAAAUUGUUCCAUUUCAAGCAAGCAUGUCAAGUUUUGAGAUGAUCGCGGUAUGAGUCGGUUUAUAUAUCAUGACACUUUGACAGUUGUGACCAGUUGUGACCAUGGAUCCUGAUGAAGCAGCAGUUGAUGCUAUGGGUGAACAGGCUGGCGGUGAUAAUCUCCUGAAUCCUGUAACCAUGGCAACAAGUUUGCAUCCUCCCGACUCCAGCUCCCUGGAGGACAAGAACCAGAACGGUACGAUGAGCAGGCCAGACGCGUCUGAGACACCCGACACAAUCAUAAGCAGUGCUAGUCCAAUUGAAACUGGUGAUGAAGGAGCAGUUUUUGAUGAGGACUCACACGAGAUCGUUCUUGAAGAUGAGACUAAGGAUAACAAUGGGAUACUCGGUGUGGAGGACGUGGGCUCAAGAGAAAUAGAAACCGAUGAACCUGCAAGUGACUUUGCACUGAUCGUAAAUGGUGAUUCACAAGAAAUGGAUGAUGUUAGGGCAUCAGCUGGAGGCUCAUCAGAUCAGCAGGGCCUUACUGAGGAAAGCAGACCAGAUGGAGAAGGUCGGAGGCAAAGACAAGACAGGGAGGAUGAUGAGGGAAGGAGCAAGGAUCAAGACCAGACUCUGGCAGGAGAUGGUUCUAAAGAAUCAUCAGAUCCGGCAGAGCAAGGAGACCUUCCCGAUGACCCAGUCAACCUGAAGAGGCACCAACGAGCCAGUCUGUACAGGCAAGGAUUGAAGCACCAAGAGACGGAAGGCAAUAGUGAGGAAGCCUUACGCUGCUACCUGGCUGCUAUUACUGGCUUGACUGAGAGUGAAGCCUUCACUGAACUGCCACAGUGCCUUCACCAGAUUUCCAACAUCUAUUUUGAGAAGAAGGAAUAUGAAAAAGCUGUUCACUUUAUUCAGGCAGAGAAGAUGUAUUACGAGACAGCACUGAUUGAUAUUGUAAAUCUACAGAAACAAUUUGAAUCGAACAGUGAAGAGAACAACGAGGACCUAACUACAGAGAAAGGAGACGUUUCAUCCCAAGCUGGUCCUGACUCACCAGAGAUCAUUAAGGCCAAGGAAUACGAGAACCUCGCCAAACUAUGCCUGAAAGAAUCCAAACCACAACUUGCUCUUGAAUACUGUGGAAAGGCAACCAAAGUAUAUCGAGAGGUAUAUGGGGAUUCACAUCCAGUCACUGUGGGAUCCCUGGAUCUUUUCACUCUCAUCUAUGCAGACGUUGGCAAGAAACUAUAUGCAGAUGCCAUGCAAAAGUUUGACGCAGAGGAAAAAGUCCUGGAAACAAGUUCAGCUGAGUCACAGCCAAAGAAGAGUGAUCAGGAAACAACUGCUGGAGAAGAGACUACAAAUGAGCUCAGACAGAGAUCAAAAGAUGACAGUGUGAUCCAGCCUGCAGCAGAAACUGAUCCACAGACUAGAACGGAGUUCGAACCAGCACCGCAACCAGAGGAACAAGAUGACUGGGUGACAACAUGUCUCUUGAUGCUGCUGUUUCUCCUGAUCACCUUCCUAGUCCUGCUCAUCAUGUCCUACUUUUACUGCCUGGGCAACGAGCGCUCGUCCAUCUGCCAUCAGUUCAAGGGAGACCUGAGCUAUUGGUACAUGAAGAUCAAGCACUACUAUCUGGGGUUUGGCAAACGCUGAACCGUUCGUUGUCAUCUCGCAUGAUUGGCAUACUAUCUGUAGUUUAAAGGUAGAGUACAUCAUUUGCAGCUAUCCAAAAGGUAACUGACAAAAUUAUUGUUGAAAAACAUACUUGCUUUUAAAGAUAGUAA